AUGCCGGACAUUCUCCAUCGUGUCUCGUCACUCUUCAAGAUCGUUCCGUCAUUCGUCGCGACGCUUUACUCUCGUCAGACGCCUGCGCAUCGCGACGUGAGCAUCGUUUCUGCUUCAUCGCUUGAGAUGGACGAACACGGCUCCAAUCCGAUGCCUCCUGCCGAUAAUGAUGCUGGCACCGCGUAUCGCGCCCUUCCAUCUGGCAGCGGUCGCCAUUACAGAGACCAUGACUUCGUUCCUACCAGACCCGGGCCUCUCGACUAUGAUGACAUGGACAUCGAUCCACCAACCAGUCACCACAAGAGAUACAAUUCUCAAGACGGCUAUCAUCUAGUCGUUCAUGGCGCGGAUCACAGCAGUAAAUACUCGGAAAACAACACUGCUUCAAUCUCUGGCUCUCACGAAACUCUCGAACAAGCCCGUGGAGGCAAAAGCCAUGAACUUCCACCACUGCCAUCGAAGAGGAAGAGGGGUGCCGAUGCAGAAACGAGCCUUCAGCAUUCGUCCAAGAAACCAUACGAGGCCAAGGACGAUCGUAGCGACCGACUCUGCCUGCAGUGUGGCAACUAUCACAGCUCGCCUUGCUAUGUUCCCUACUGCAGCAGCUGCGACCUGAACCAUUAUCUUGGCAUCCCAUGUCUGGAGGCUAUGGAGCAAUUGAAGAAGCGUCUCGAGCUGCGUGCUCCCCUAGAGACACCCGUUUCUUCCAGGCAGAAGGGCAACAAGAAGAUGGCACGAUCGGCGAUGCCCUUGCGCUCCCGGAUCGAGAAUCAGUUUCCACUAGCCUUGUCGAAUCAGCACGCCCCUAUAACCUUGCUGGGAUCGGACUCUCAAUCUUCUGUAAACAAACAACAGAAAGAAAGUCCUGGCAAGCGCAUCUGUCCCAUCUGUCCUGAGUGUGGCAACCCCCAUAGAUCGGCUUGUAAAUGGCUCUUUUGCGACAAAUGCCAGAUCAAGCACAAUCCAGAAACACAGUGCGCUGUGGCUGAGGCUCGGCUCAAAGCGCGUCUGGAAGAAGAGGACGCAAAGCAAGCCCAAGUGACCGAGAAGAUCAGAAAGGGGGAUCAGAGUAUGAUUAACAAGGACAACAACAUGGUUACGGAUUUCCAGUCUAGGCGCUCAUCUGCUCCUAGCCCGGGCCGUGCUUUCGGUCCCGGAAACCUGCAGAACCGUCUUGACAUAUUUGACCGUGGCUGGGGCACUUCCCAGCAGAAGAUCCUCAAGACAAGGAUCUCGCCUCCUACUGUACAGCCCUCGUCGCAGCAGCUCGAGGUUACAAACUCCAACCGAGUUAAUCCAGCUGCGUCGGUGGAUCUUGCGGCCCCUGCCAACAUGACCUUCAACUUUGGCGCCGACGGACGAAUGUCCUGGUCCCUCGACUCGAACAAGACCAUACACUUCGGUCUUCCUCCUAGUAACCCUCACUUCUCCGUAUCCGUGUCGUCGAUGCCAGAGCAGCAUAACAAUCAUAUUCACCCUAGUCGUCAAGCUUUCUUCUCCGAGCCAGCUCAGACCGCAGCUCCCGUGCCUCAACCCUUGGCCGACAUUUCCUCUACUGGAAGCGUGCUCCCACUCUACAGCCCACGUAGCGACACGUCCCAGGUAGCCACCUACGGCACGUCUGUUGAGCAUAGUGUUGAUGCUUUCAUUGCGGAUGUUGCUCAGGGCAUGCAUAGCAACGUUCGCGAUGCUCUUGGAUGUGUUGACGGACCACGGCGCUACCUAGCACAUAUUCGUCGCAAUGGCUCCUCGUAA